AUGUCAGAGCUUCAGGUUGCCAUCAAGGGCCCGCUAGCCUGGUCAGGGGCUGAUUUCGAGGAUGGAGAGGCGUACACCUUGCAGCUUCAUGACGAGGAUAUUGAGGAAAUCAAUGCGGCACUUCAAAGCUUUAAGGCUCUUAGCCUCGAUGGAGACGAAGUUGACCAGGACAACUUCUCCCUUCCAAAGCUUAAAGCUCGGCUUGCGCAAUGUGCCGAAGCAAUUCAUGACCAGCGCGGCUUCUUCGUCCUCAGGGGCCUCGGAGGCUCCAAAUAUUCGGUCGAAGAUAGCAUCACAAUCUACCUGGGCAUCGCGAGCUACGUUGCCGAUAAGCGAGGAUUGCAAGAUCGAAAGGGCAAUGUGCUCUUCCGUCACAUGGCAGAAAAGGGGGGCUACACCUACCUGAGUUCGGUCAGCACCGCAUUCAACGAGCUUCUUUCUGAAGCUCCCUGGGCGGCAAAGGCUCUGUUGGCGCCUGACUGGCCAGUGCAAAUCUCGGGGCGUGGAGCAAAGCACUACUUAGCGCCCGCACUCGCCAUCCACGACGGCAGAUUGAUGGCCAGCAUGGAUCCGAAUCGAUUUGGACCUCACCCUUCCAGCGGGCCAACCGAUGUCCCGCCUCUGACGGCCACGCAACUGUCCGCUCUUGAAAGAAUAUCAAAGGCCGCCUACCGCUCGGAGCUGCGGCUCCAUCUCAAGACGGGCGACUUGCUCUUUUUCAACAACUGGGCUCUACUCCACCGACGUGACUCGUACACGGACAGCGACGAGACAUCCCGCCACAUGGUAAGGCUGUGGCUACGCAACUCGAAGCUAGGCUGGUCGGUCCCCAACUCCAUGCUUCCACCUUGGUAUGCGGCUUACGGAGAUAAUGUGGUCCGGAACCGGCUCUAUCCUUUGAUUCCCAUGCCCGACUACAAGGUGCCCAAAUACUCGGCUGGCUCCGCUGCAUUCGUCAUCGAGGACAGUGAUGCCUCUGAGGAUGAGGAUAUCCUCCCUUGA